AUGCCACCAAAACGAGUGACCCGGCGGAGGGCCGCUCAGAGAAAUGCCGAGGAAAAGCCGACGCGCGAGCAGCAGCACAGCGAGGAGGACGAGGAGCCACAGAACGGAGAUGAGACCAACGGGGAUGACAGCAACGCACCUGAGCCAGGCGACAAGCGAAAAGCAGAGGAUAUUGAAGGUGAUGCGGAUGAUCAAGAGGCAGCUUCUGAAGGCGCUGAAGAUGCCGAGCCCGAAGCCAAGAAACCGAAAACAGAACCAGCACCCAGCAACAAGAACGGCAACUCUGCAUCGUCCAGUCAGCCACGCGCGUUGAAGUGGCUGCUGUCCCAAGAAGCAUUCGACCUCGCCUUUCCAGCUUUUCCCGAAGGUCACGGUGAGAUCGACUGGGACGACGAGAAACGUCGAAAAGAGCCACCUGCGGAGGAUGCCGGCCAUCAAGCAACCAAAGACCAGAAGCUCCUGACAUACCCUGACUCAUCCCUCACGCCAUUCCAGAAUCUCGUCUGCGCACUCAUCCUCAGCAAACCGCUUUCCCACAGAUUGGGCACGCGAACAAUCAACACAUUGCUGAACCCACCAUUUGGAUUGAGAACAGUCGACGAUUUGGACGAAGCAGGCUUCGAGGGCAGGAGAAAGGUGAUGUGGGAAGCACGUACGCAGCACAAGGAGAAGACGGCGACGCAACUAGGAGAUCUUGUUGAAGGUGUCAGAGCGAUCUGCGGAGAUGACGACCUCGAGAAUCUGGAAGGGUUGCGCAAGCAAUUGAAGGGUCUGGAUGUCAAGGCCGCACAGGACAAAGUGCAGGAGGUCCUGACAGACGGGAUCAAAGGAGUGGGUCCGACGGGAGUGGGCAUCUUCUUGAGGCGGGUGCAAGGCCAGUGGGAGGAAGUGUUUCCCUAUGUUGAUGAUAGAGCGCUGGCUGCGGCGAGGGAAUUUGGACUCGUGGACGGAAAUGGGAAGUUGGGCUCGGCUCGUGAUCUGGCCAAGUUGCUGAACGAUGAUCAGGCAGAGUUUGUGAAGCUGCUGGAUGUGCUCAUUGGCAUACAGCUUGAGAAGAAGAUGGACGAGGCGUUGAAAACUGCUGGUGUGAAGACUUAA